AUGUCUCUAGAUCUCUCUUCUAAUAUGAACUACGAUUAUGAUCAUGAGAUGUCUAUUGGCCUUUUAUAUAGCCCAACGAUAACAUUUGCUCAAAACAUGACAAAAUUAAGAGAACUUCAUCUGAACAAUGUGAAUCUUUCUUCACUACUACCCGAAUUUAUGGCUAACCUAUCCUCCUUGACAUCUCUAUCUCUUAGUGAUUGCAAUCUGUAUGGUGAAUUUUGGCAAAACAUUUUUCAUCUACCUAAUAUUCAAGUCAUCGAUGUAUCGUUCAAUAGAAACCUUACUGGUUUUCUUCCUAAUUUUCAUUUUGGUAGUAAACUAAACUCAUUGCGUCUUCACUCUACAAACUUUUAUGGAAGAAUACCAUAUUCCAUUGGCAAUCUUAAGUUCUUAAGUGUUUUAGAUCUCUCAUCUUGUAAUUUUCCAGGGGCCAUUCCAUCUUCAGUUAAGAAUAUAUCACAUCUCUCAAGUCUUGACCUAAGUUCCAACAACUUUGAAGGUCAACUUCCACCAGCUUUGUUCAUAAUGCCUUCCCUACAGUAUCUAAUGCUCGACUAUAAUCACUUUACUGGCCUUCUAACCAUUCCAUCUUCAACUAAGAAUUUAUCACGUCUUUCAUAUCUUCACCUAAGUUCCAACAAUUUUGAUGGUCAACUUCCACCAGCUUUGUUCAUAAUGCCUUCCUUACAAUCUCUAAGUCUUUCUUCUAAUCAGUUUACAAGCCCUCUAACCAUUCCAUCUUCAGUUAAGAAUUUAUCACAUCUCUCAAGUCUUGACCUAAGUUCCAACAACUUUGAUGGUCAACUUCCACCAGCUUUGUUAAUAAUGCCUUCCUUACAUUCUCUAAGUCUUUUUUCUAAUAAGUUUACAGGCCCUCUAACCAUUCCAUCUUCAGUUAAGAAUUUAUCACAUCUUUCAUCGCUUGAAUUAAGUUCCAACAAUUUUGAUGGUCAACUUCCACCAGCUUUGUUCAUAAUGCCUUCCUUACAAUUUCUAAGUCUUUCUUCUAAUCAAUUUACAAGCCCUCUAACCAUUCCAUCUUCAGUUAAGAAUUUAUCAUAUCUCUCAAGUAUUGACCUAAGUUCCAACAACUUUGAUGGUCAACUUCCACUAGCUUUGUUCACAAUGCCUUCCCUACAGUUUCUAAGGCUUGACUAUAAUCACUUUAAUGGCCCUCUAACCAUCCCAAAUGUCUCGUUAUCAUCCCAAUUGAGAUACCUUAGUUUGGAUGGGAACAAGCUAACUGGAAAAAUUCCAAGGUCAAUUUUUGAAAUGCGAAAACUUGAAGUUCUGGACCUUAGGAACAAUAACUUAAGUGGCAUUAUAGAGAUGAGCAUGUUCUCAAAGUUGAGUCAGCUUCGAAGUCUUUCUCUUUCACGUAAUAGUCUAGUUGUAAUGGAAAGCACAACAACAAAUUCCACUCUAAUCUUCAAACUUAAUUAUUUGGGUUUGGCUUCAUGCAACAUUGAAGAAUUUCCCAAGUUCCUAAAAACCCAAAAUGAGCUACAAGAAUUGGAUCUUUCCAACAACAAAAUUGAAGGCAAGAUCCCCAAAUGGUUCUUCACUGUAGGGGUAGAGACCUUGGAGAUAUUAGAUUUGUCUACAAAUUUCAUCACCGGUUGGGAGCAAGUGCCGAAAGUGCUUCCGUGGAAAGCGUUGUCGACUCUUGACUUAAGCCACAGCAUGUUUCGAGACGCAUUACCAACUCCACCAUUUUCUGUAAUGGUGUUUUACAUUUCGGAUAACAACAUUAGUGGGAAAAUUCAUCCAUUGUUCUGUAACUUGACUAAUCUAGAACGUCUAGAUAUGUCCAAUAACAACUUAAGCGGUGAGAUUCUUCCAUGUUUGGGUUCCAUUAGCUCCCUUCAAUACUUGAAAUUGUCUGGCAACAAAUUUGAGGGCUCUAUCCCAUCAUCUCUUGGGAAUUUGACUUCGCUUCAACUUUUGGACCUCUCUAAGAAUAGGCUCUCUGGUAGAAUUCCUGAAAUGGGAAACAACUCAUUGUUCUGCAAUUUAAGAAAUCUUGACGUUCUUGAUGUCUCAAAUAAUCAAUUAAGCGGCUCUAUUCCACAAUGCUUGGGAAGUUUCAUCUAUUAUCUUGAAGUGUUGAUUAUGAGAGAGAACAAUUUUAGUGGAGAAAUGCCUCAGACAUUUGUGGAUGGGAGCAGUCUAAUUACUCUCGACCUCAGUCAUAAUCAAUUAGAAGGAAUGGUUCCACAAUCUUUAACCAAGUGCAAUGCAUUGGAAAUUCUAAAUCUCGGAUACAAUCAGCUAUCUGGCACUUUCCCCUUUUGGUUAAAAAAUUUGGCAAGUUUGCAAGUUCUUGUGCUGCGUUCUAACAAUUUUCAUGGUCCAAUAUGGGAUCCCAGGAAGUUUACAGGCUUUGAGAAACUACUGAUUGUCGACCUCUCUUUCAAUAAGUUCAGUGGAACAUUGUCAUCGGAUUACUUUGCCAAUUGGAGUGCCAUUAAUGCUCACAAUAAUAGUGUCGAUAAGUCAAAGUCGAAGUACAUCGAUGACGACAACUACUAUCUUCUCGAGUCGGUAACUGUGACUAAUAAAGGCUUUGAAAUGGAAUAUGUCAGGAUCUUAACCAUCUUCACCUGUAUCGAUCUCUCAAACAAUAAUUUUCAUGGCAAAAUUCCAAAAUCUGUAGGGGAUCUCCAAUCAUUGAUUGUGCUGAAUCUAUCGAGUAACAAUUUUGAAGGCCACAUCCCACUAUCGUUUGGGAAUCUGAAAGAAAUUGAAUCAUUGGAUCUCUCAAACAACAAGCUCUCUGGAAGAAUACCUCAAGAAUUUGCCGCUCUCACAUUUCUCGAGUAUCUCAACCUUAGUAAUAACCAACUUACGGGGUCGAUACCACAGGGAACACAGAUUAGUACAUUUCCAAAUUCUUCAUUUUAUGGAAAUGAAGAAUUAUGUGGCUUUCCAUUAUCAAAGGAAUGUUAUAGCAGUGAUGAGUCUCCAAGUACACUUGAACAUGGAUCUGAAUUUGAGAGUGGUUUUGGUUGGAAAGCAGUGCUUGUGGGAUAUGGAUGUGGCUUUCUUGGUGGACUGUUGGUUGGACAUCUCUUCAUUUCAAAGAUAUAAAUCAGAGAAAAUGAAGGGAGUUUCACAUAGGAAUAAUGAUUGUUGGAUAUCAUACAUAGUCGUAGACAAGUCAGAUUUAAGUUGAUUUAAAAAAGAAAAGAGUUUCAUAAAUAAAUUCAAAUCCCAUUGACGUCUUUCAAAGCCUAUAAGUUUCUCUCCUUUAGCUUCAUCAUCAUCAUGAUGUGUUGCUUCGUUACAACACCACAACAUACUCUAAAUGCCUCUUUCACUU